AUGGCUGGAGAUAGUGCAGGCAGAACAAUCUUGGAAAUUCUCACCUCGUGUUGUUGGACUCCCGAUUGUGACAACAACAUCCUUGAGUUUCGGGAAGAUGGCACGGGUAACAUAUGUCUGCGACGGGACCAGCCAGUGUUUAUUGCCUUCGAAUUUGACUGGAAACCCCUGGACCCAACCGAUCUUCAUGUAGAAGUGGAUAAAUCAGAACGUUGGCUUGGAGGGACCCAAGACCUAGCACAUUUGAAGCUCGAAAUAACCCUCACUAAGCGCCCUGGUCCGCUCAACGAGCAUCGCCUGCGGGAUACCGCGUUUUGCCCCAAGACUUUUACGAUCCGUCUCGAAAAGGGCAUCUUUCCAGCACCGUUUUACCGCAACAAUCCCGAACAAGACCCAAACAAGACUAAGUACGCUUUGCGACUUCUCUUCGAUACCUCGCUAUAUCCCUCCGCAGAGGAUUGGAAGGAGACGAGAUUCGGACAAGCUGGGUUUGGCGAGGAUACCUGGGAGUGGAGGGAAUUCACGGGCAAGAAGGUCAAAUAUGGGGACACGCGGUCGACGAUGAUUUACAUCAUCUCCAUAAUUCUCUCCUUGGGACUCAUGGUCGCCUUGUUCAUUAACCUGUCUUCGGGAAUGCCGACCGUUUCUUCCGUCACCGCAUCACAAGAAUCACCAACGAUCAGCUUGGACUAUGCCACAUAUCAAGGAGUCUCAUUGACUAAUGGAGUAGACCAGUAUCUAGGGAUGCGAUUUGCGAAGGCACCAACGGGGAACUUGCGAUUUCGUGCACCACAAGAUCCAGACGUUUUCAAUGAGCUACAGCAUGCGACAGAGUUCGGACCUAUCUGUGUCGGCGUAGGACAAUCUGUUAGUGCCACUCGUGCUGAGGACUGUCUUUUCGUCAAUGUCUGGAAACCCGCGAAUGCAUCAAUCAACUCCAAUCUUCCCGUGUGGCUGUUCAUUCAAGGGGGUGGGUAUUCCCGCAACUCAAAUGCGAACUAUAACGGCAGUACAGUUGUAGAGGAAUCUGGACACGAUAUUGUGUUCGUUAACUUCAACUACCGAGUCGGUGUAUUGGGAUUUCUGGCUAGCAAGGAGAUGCAGGAAAACGGCGACCUCAAUGCUGGCCUGCUGGACCAGCGCAAAGUCCUCAGCUGGAUUCAGACGCAUAUUCGGGACUUUGGCGGGAAUCCUGACCACGUCGUCUUGCACGGAGAUUCAGCAGGCGCCGGGUCCGUUGCCCACCACCUCACCGCGUAUGGCGGUCGAGAUCUAAAUCUGUUUGUCGGAGCAGUGGCCGAGUCUGUUUUCUGGCCAACACAGCGAAGCGUGGCAGAAAUGGCAUUCCAGUACCAGAAUUUCCUUGAAGUUACUGGCUGUGAUGUUUCUGCUGAUCCAUUGUCAUGCCUCAGAUCUCUCGAUAUUACGAUGAUCCAGAAACAUAACGUUAAAAAACCUUUCCCUGGUGGAAGCGACUCUCCUGUUCCGCUAUGGUACUUUCUUCCCGUGGUGGAUGGAGAUCUUGUCCCAGACCGUCUAUAUAGUCUCUUCCAGCAAGGUAAAUUUAUCCAUGUUCCUCUCAUGGUUACAGACGACACAAACGAAGGAACGCCAUUUGGCUACAACGCCAUCAAUCCCGCAGAAAUGGCUCAGUUCAUUAAGAAUAAUUAUCCGAGGUUAAGCGAUGAGCAGCUUAGUGCCAUUCAAGAGGCAUACCCGAAGGAGAUUUCCCUCCCUAAGCACGAAGCUUACUUCCCCUCCGCAUCCAAAGCCUACGGCGAAGCAACGUUCACCUGCCCCGGGAAUAUGAUGGCAGCAAGUAUGUCGAAGUAUUACUCCCCCGACAAUGUUUGGAAUUACCGAUUCAAUGUUCUUGAUCCAACCGAAGCCUCAAGUGGCAUGGGCGUACCCCACGUCUUCGAGUUACCCUCAAUUUUUGGACUAGGCGAGACUAACCUGCCUGAUUAUUCAUUCGCGACCACCAAUGCAAAUAUUGUUCCGGUUACGAUGAAUUAUUACUUGAGUUUUGUUAAAGAACUCAACCCAAAUACUCUCCGCUUGCCAAGAGCCCCCUUUUGGGAAUCUUGGGGGAUAGGGACAGGUCAACGGCUGAAGCUACAGACCAAUUCAUCGGCCAUGGAGGUUGUUCCACAAGUACAGCUAGACCGCUGUUUAAUGUGGGAAAGGUUUGCUGCCGCUAUGCAGCAUUGA